AUGUCUAACGAUCAAAACGUUGAUAGAAUCCCGAUGUCCGCGACGGAUUCAAAUUCUGAAAAUAGUGACGAUGGUCGUGAAAGUCCUGGUGGUUAUGACAGUGAUCAAUAUUAUCUUGAUGAAGCCGAAUACAUAGGUGAAGCAGUAUCAAGAGAGUGGCCAGAAUUCAGAGAGUCGCCACCCAUUCAUGGUGGAGGUCCAUAUGUGGUCACAAACUAUAAUGUCCAAGUCCCUCAUAACUCUAAUGCGAUUGAUAUUACACAAGCACGAAAUAAUAAUGAUAAUAAUAAUAAUUUCUCUCCGGAAAUUUUAGAAUUGUUUGAAGAGCUUUGCCUUGCAUGUCGUACUGGAGAUUAUGAAUCUGCUGACAAACUUCUCUCGACGCCGAACAUUCCAAUAAACUAUGUAGAUAGUUGGGAUUAUUCGCCACUUAUCUUGGCCUCUUUAUGUGGCCAUAUCAAAAUUGUAGAGUUACUUCUUACCCGCGGUGCGGUAUGUGAUAGAGAUUCGUUUGAAGGUGCUCGUUGUAUACAUGGAGCCUUGACGGAUGCUAUCAGAGACUUGUUGAUCAGCUUUGAUGUGUCCAAGAAAGUUGAUGUGAGUCAACCAUUUGCUGGGCAUAUUUCAUCUUUACUCAAUCCUAGAGGUCCUCAAGAACAAAUCCAACUACAAACAAGGGAUCUUGUCUUCAAUUUCCCACAUGUUAAAGGGAUAAUGGCAGGUGACUAUAGAGUUCUUAAAUGUAAUAGGUGGUUGUUGAGUUGUAGAAGUGAAUAUUUUAGAGACAGACUCACUGAUCAUCAAAGGGGUAAUUUUGAAUCCACAAGGUCAAUUGAAGAACCUUCUGAAGUUUCAGCUCAUGUAGGAGCUUGGGCGGAUAAGUCUCUUAUUGUAAUGCCACCAACCAUUGACCCUGCCCUUUUUUCCUUUAUCAUGGACUAUAUUUAUUUAAGAACUGAUGCACUUCCUUUAGAUGACCCAGAGUUUGGAAAGUUGGCAGAACUUUUCCAAUUGAAAGAUUUGAAAGUUGCAAUUGAUCAACAAUUAUCCGCAAAGGAUGACAGAGAAAGAUCAAGAUUAAGAAAUGAAGCAUCAGUGAAAUUCAUGGACACAGCAAGAGAAGAUAUGAGAAACUUUUUGCAUAAAGACAUUAUUGGAGGAAAUAUAGCAAAGGAAGCAAUUAUUGAUGUCAAUGAAGAAGAAGAGGUUGAUUUAGAAGACUUGAAUUUUAUUCAAAUGCUACUGGAUACUGAGAAGACUCGUUUAAUUGAAAGUGGAGCUGUUCCUGAUGUAAUUGUGAGUGUGGUAGAAUGGGUUGAAAGUGAUUCAGUCGAGUCGGUGUCGCAAGGGGUAUCGAAACUCGGGGUUGGUGAAAAUAAUCGCACUAUUGCAGAAUAUACCGUUGAAGAACCACUGGAUUACCCCAUUGUACUCUAUUAUCCGGUCCAUAGAUCCAUUCUUUCGCGAUCCCCAUACUUCAAAACGAUGUUGGAAUCUGAGCUUUUCCUUUCUUCGUCAGAGUUGCCUAGUGUUCGUAUUCUUGAAAAUACACAUUCAAUCAUUCAUCGUCCUAAUUUAUCACUGAACCAUAUCCCAAUUACUCCGCUAUAUGCCCUUGCUACAUCUCGGUUGGUGGCAGAAAUGGUACUCUCCUAUUUAUACCAUGACGAUGUUUCUGAAAUCCCUCCUAAACUUGCGGUUGACCUUCUCUUUGCAGCAGAAGAACUUCUCUUGGAUAAACUUAAAUCGAGAGCUGCCAUUGCUAUCACUUCACUUUCGAAACAUUUCACAGGUGCCAAUUGGGAGGAGCUCGAACGUGUGGUCGGAUAUUCAGGAUUUGAUCUUCUCCGGAUAGCUUGGCAAAUACGUUGUGAAAGACUUGAACAGCAUAUCACCAAGAUGGCUGCAUUCAACUUGCAAUACAUAUAUGAUGAUCAACUGCAAAGGAAACAAUUGUGUAACCUUAUAAAAGAAAGUGCAACCCGAAUUGAAGAAAGACAAGAUACAGAUACCAUUGAACUUGUCGAUGAUAUUAGAUACUACCUAGGAAAGAAGCACCAGGUGGGAAACAUAGAGAUGAUUGAGGUAAACUUUGGAGAUACUGAGGAGCCGGGGGAUAUCAAGGUUUACAAGAAGGCGUUAGCCAUGCUUGAGCGUGAUGAGUCAAUAAUAGAUUCUCUUUUGGAAGAAGCUGAAUUAGAAGCAUAG